CCAGGACUCCAACCCAAGUCUAUCAUCCACUAGAUCACUCAGCAACCAUGAGGUCUCUGGUCUUCGUUCUGCUCAUCGGAGCUGCCUUCGCCCUUGAUGACGACAAGAUCGUCGGAGGGUAUGAGUGCACACCCCACUCCCAGCCCCAUCAGGUCUCUCUGCAAUCUGGCUACCACUUCUGUGGAGGCUCUCUGGUGAACAAGGAUUGGGUUGUGUCUGCUGCUCACUGCUACAAGUCUCGCAUUGAGGUUCGUCUUGGAGAGCACCACAUCAGGGUCAACGAGGGUACUGAGCAGUUCAUCAGCUCUUCCCGCGUCAUCCGCCACCCCAGAUACAGCUCCUACAACAUCAACAAUGACAUCAUGCUGAUCAAGCUGAGCAAGUCCGCCACCCUCAACGAGUACGUGUCAGCUGUGGCUCUGCCCACCAGCUGUGCCCCCGCUGGCACCAUGUGCAAGGUCUCCGGAUGGGGAGAAACCAUGAGCUCCUCUGCCAACGGCAACAAGCUGCAGUGCCUGAACAUCCCCAUCCUGUCUGAAGAGGACUGUGAUAACUCCUACCCUGGCAUGAUCACCGAUGCUAUGUUCUGUGCUGGAUACCUGGAGGGAGGCAAGGACUCUUGCCAGGGUGACUCUGGUGGCCCCGUCGUGUGCAACGGUGAGCUUCAGGGUGUUGUGUCCUGGGGUUACGGAUGUGCCGAGAGGGAUCACCCCGGUGUCUACGCCAAGGUCUGCCUCUUCAACGACUGGCUGGAGGACACCAUGGCCAUCGCCCUUGAUGACGACAAGAUCGUUGGAGGGUAUGAGUGCACACCCCACUCCCAGCCCCAUCAGGUCUCUCUGCAAUCUGGCUACCACUUCUGUGGAGGCUCUCUGGUGAACAAGGAUUGGGUUGUGUCUGCUGCUCACUGCUACAAGUCUCGCAUUGAGGUUCGUCUUGGAGAGCACCACAUCAGGGUCAAUGAGGGUACCGAGCAGUUCAUCAGCUCUUCCCGCGUCAUCCGCCACCCCAGAUACAGCUCCUACAACAUCAACAAUGACAUCAUGCUGAUCAAGCUGAGCAAGUCCGCCACCCUCAACGAGUACGUGUCAGCUGUGGCUCUGCCCACCAGCUGUGCCCCCGCUGGCACCAUGUGCAAGGUCUCCGGAUGGGGCGAAACCAUGAGCUCCUCUGCCAACGGCAACAAGCUGCAGUGCCUGGACAUCCCCAUCCUGUCUGAAGAGGACUGUGAUAACUCCUACCCUGGCAUGAUCACCGAUGCCAUGUUCUGCGCUGGAUACCUGGAGGGAGGCAAGGACUCUUGCCAGGGUGACUCUGGUGGCCCCGUUGUGUGCAACGGUGAGCUUCAGGGUGUUGUGUCCUGGGGUUACGGAUGUGCCGAGAGAGAUCACCCCGGUGUCUACGCCAAGGUCUGCCUCUUCAACGACUGGACUCCAACCCAAGUCUAUUAUCCACUAGAUCACUCAGCAACCAUGAGGUCUCUGGUCUUCAUUCUGCUCAUCGGAGCUGCCUUCGCCCUUGAUGACGACAAGAUCGUCGGAGGGUAUGAGUGCACACCCCACUCCCAGCCCCAUCAGGUCUCUCUGCAAUCUGGCUACCACUUCUGUGGAGGCUCUCUGGUGAACAAGGAUUGGGUUGUGUCUGCUGCUCACUGCUACAAGUCCCGCAUUGAGGUUCGUCUUGGAGAGCACCACAUCAGGGUCAAUGAGGGUACCGAGCAGUUCAUCAGCUCUUCCCGCGUCAUCCGCCACCCCAGAUACAGCUCCUACAACAUCAACAAUGACAUCAUGCUGAUCAAGCUGAGCAAGUCCGCCACCCUCAACCAGUACGUGUCAGCUGUGGCUCUGCCCACCAGCUGUGCCCCCGCUGGCACCAUGUGCAAGGUCUCCGGAUGGGGCGAAACCAUGAGCUCCUCUGCCAACGGCAACAAGCUGCAGUGCCUGAACAUCCCCAUCCUGUCUGAAGAGGACUGUGAUAACUCCUACCCUGGCAUGAUCACCGAUGCCAUGUUCUGCGCUGGAUACCUGGAGGGAGGCAAGGACUCUUGCCAGGGUGACUCUGGUGGCCCCGUCGUGUGCAACGGUGAGCUUCAGGGUGUUGUGUCCUGGGGUUACGGAUGUGCCGAGAGGGAUCACCCCGGUGUCUAUGCCAAGGUCUGCCUCUUCAACGACUGGCUGGAGGACACCAUGGCCAGCUAUUAAGUCUGACCAAGUGAUGACCAUCUUACUCUGCUGCCUCUCUUCUACCAUUCUCACUCCAACGUUGUUGUCGAGUUUGAACAAUGUGCAACCAUUUUCCAUCUGAGUCAAUAAAAUCUUUGAAUUCAAA